GAUGCAUGAUCGAGGCGAUGAAAGAAUCAAUCCGACAUGUCAGUCUUGAAGAACAUUGUAGUCCUUUUAUGCAUUCCCGUCUGUAUAACAUUUCUAGUACAAUCUAACAGACCUCCCUCCAUCAACACACAACCUGAUUCCAUCGUGUAUUAUAAAAGUGGUGAAGCUGUACAGCUGCCAUGUAAGGCUGGAGGAUUCCCAACUCCAACAUUCAGUUGGAAGAGGAACGGUAUAGAUUUUAAUCCCAGCGGAAAUGACGACAGAUUUACCCAGCUUCCUGGUGAAGGUACUCUUGUGAUAAACGUUCCACAGGACAAGGACGAGGGUCUAUUCCAGUGCAUAGCUACAAAUAGCUUUGGGGUAUCGGUUUCAACACUGGUCCAAUUGAGGAUGGGAAAAUUGAACGACUUUCCGAUAGGGCCAAGCAUUACCCACAGGACUCAUCUGGGAGAAUCUCUUGUCUUAAAUUGUAUUCCUCCAGUCAGCGUUCCUAUGGCUGAUAUAAUAUGGGUCCUCAGAACACCUGAAGGUCACAUUGAAUCAAUCAACUUAAACAACAGAAUCUCAAUGGAUUUUGAUGGUCGUUUACACAUCGCCAGCGUUCAGACUCAGGACUACCAAGACGGAAAAGCCUAUGUGUGUAUGGCCAACAAUUAUUUCAUGAGGCAGAAUGUAUAUGAUAAAAACCAGUACAUCAAUCCUAUGGGAAGUACACCAUUUAAUAGACCUCCACAGUACUCCUGGGCGUCGCCUUCAGAUAUGAUUGGUCUCAAGGGACAAGAAUUGAAACUCAAAUGCAUUUUCAGUGGAAACCCUACGCCGGACGUAAUUUGGUUGAAAGACACGGUUGACCUUUCCCACCACUACAAAGUGUCGCUUGGUGGACAGGAACUCACGAUACCUAGUCUGACGGAGCACGAUGCCGGCACGUACGAGUGUAUUGGUAGAAGUACCAAUAUGCCGACCGCCUCAAGAAGCUUAAACCUUCGCGUCCAAUAAUCAACAAUGCCAAUAAUACACACUGAUCGUUUUUUAAAACCCAGUGCCAACAAUCUAACGUUUGUGAACUUGAGUGCCAAUGAUAACAUGGUCAUUCAGUGCAACGCCUCCAAUGUUCACGGUUAUGUGUUCGCCGAUGUCUAUCUGUACAUCACAGGUUAAUGGCAACGUAUUGUAGUUACCUGGAACGAAUACAGAAAAUAUGUUACCAAGGCAAACAAAAGAAGGGAAAACAACAAUACCAGUAAUGAAAGAAAGAUAUGAACAUGAAUCUACAAUGACGAAAUAUGAUUAAGCUGUUUGUACUUUUACCAAGCAAUGAUUUACUCUUAUCAAUUAAAUCAGAAUACCAAAAUUCACUGUUUUUGUUGGGUACUUAUAAAAUCAUACUUUUGAGUAGACACUUAUACGGAAUAGGCAAUAUUUGUAUAUCUA